GUGCUCUCGCCUAAAAAUAACUUUAACCCUAAUCCUAAACUUUGACGCAUGACCAGAUAUAAUAUUAAAAUUCAUUGUGACUGCUAGGCUUUAAAUGGAGGAUAAAUAGAAGCCAACUUCAAUAAUAACAGCGGACCUAACAUACCAGUCCACCGCGCCCAUGUUCCUGGCUCUAUGCAUCCGCGAAUUUUACUGAUCCUUGGUGAGGCAUAUCCCGCUUCCUCACUUCCCACCUCAUGCACAUGAUGUUCUUAUUGUCACCUUGAAUCACUUGUGCUGAUACUUGGUCUUGUUUACUUGUGUUUGCUUCUCCUGAAGUUCAAGUGUCAAACUGAACAGCCUGUACUAUCUUGCCCCCUGCUAUUUUACUUGUCUGAACUUUUGGACUUCAGGAAUCCGAUGCAUGUAGAACUGUGAUCAAAUGAGACAAGUGUUGUUGGUUUAAAUUUUUCCUCCACCCUCCGGAGAUGAUAUCGAGCAUGUCCGAGAUAGAGGAAGAAUUAGAUGGUGGUAUUGUGAUGGAUCAACUGCGCCAUUCGGAAGUCAACCACUACAAUGACCGAGAUUACGUUUCCUAUACUAAUUUUGGAAAGUCAGGAAAUGACUGGGUUAACCUGCUUUCUCGUCAAAAGGUGCACCUCGAUGAUCCUAGUCCUCGGACGUCUCAUUUGAGCCCAGAGCCCGGCACAAUAUCGGAUUUGGCUUCGCCCUUGAAUCGUUCGGAGUCUAUGACCAAUUUAGCCAGUGAACACUCUUCGACCACUGAUGUAGAGUGUGGUGUUCCUGGGGGACUAAGCUUCCUGCCACCGGUCUCCACGUUCCGUAAUUGUAUCCAGAAGCACAGUUUUUCGCUGUUUAGUACUGAUUCUGACUCGUUUCUGACUUUCUUGAUUUGCAUACCACGCAUUGUUGCUUAG